AUGGCUAAUACCGAAAGGACAAGAUACGCGCUGAUCACUGGCUGUACGCCCGGUGGCAUUGGCCAUUUCCUGGCUCUCGAAUUCGCUGCAAAAGGCUUUCAAGUACUCGGAACCGUCCGCAACCCUUCGAAGUACGAUUCGCCCCACGCAAACAUUACAUACCUCCCUCUCGAGCUCACGAGUAACGACUCCAUACGCGAACUCCGCAAGCGUGUCACCGAGAUCACAAACGGGAAGCUUGAUAUUCUAUACAAUAAUGCUGGGCGCAACUAUGUUGUUCCAGCGCUCGACUACGAAGAGGACGAGCUGCGCGAGCUGUUCCAAGCGAAUGUCUUCGCCGUCAUGAGGAUGUGCAAAGAGUUCGCGCCGUUGUUGAUCGAAGCAAGAGGCACAAUCGUACAAACUGGAUCGCUAGCAGGCUUAAUGCCGUAUGUUUGGGGCGGGCCAUAUAACGCGUCCAAAGCAGCACUUCACGCGUAUUCAGACACACUGCGUGUCGAACUCGCACCGCUCGGCGUCCGCGUCAUAAACAUCGUAACGGGGGGUGUCAUGUCUAACAUCGCAAGGACACACCGUGUUUUGCCGCCAGACUCGUACAUGCAGCCUCUUGCGGAUGACUACGAGAGGAGGUUGACCCAUAGCCAGCAGCUGGGAAUGGAUACCCAACAGUAUGCCAGGAGCUGCGUGAGGCAGGUUCUUGGUGGUGAUGGCUGGUUCACCAAGCAGAGGUGGAUAUGGGAAGGGAAGAUGAGCUGGAUCGUAUGGUUUGCCUGGACGUAUCUUCCGGUCAGCGUCUUGGACAGAUACUUCACUUCAAAGUUCAGGUUGAACAAGUUGAGGGGUACCGUGGGUCCAGACAAGAAGAGUAGGUGA